AUGAAUGCAAGAACUAGAUAUAUUUUAAAAUGGUGUAGUUUAUUAAGUGGAUCAACAUUUAUCUCAUGGACCGUCUACGAAACAACUGAAGCCUACAAAUUCUUAAGAAAACCAUUAGACACAAAUUGUUUAUUUAGCAAUCGAAGUGAAUGGAUUUAUAUAAAGCAUAAUUAUCUACGUGACCCAGUAAGAGACCUCCUGAAUGAGUUCUUUGAAGAGGAGACAAAAAUCUAUAGUUUUUUAUACAAUUUAAGGAAGCGAAUGACAUUUACUAAAAUUGAAUAUGCGCUUAAAACUCUUCGCGUCGCAAAAAACACUGAUGAUCCAUUUAUAAGACGAAAAGCAGUAAACAAUCUUGCUAAUCAAAAGCUACUUGACUUGGACGAAUGGGAAUUUCACUUUUUAUCACAAUAUGUAAAUGCUUCAACAGCUAUUUGCUUAGCGAGACAUAACUGUAACUCCAAUUUAAUACGAAAACCGAGAGAGUUUGGGAAUGUGAAAUCGAAUAUUGACAUUAUAAGCGACAUAAAGGCACUUUUUGACUCAAUGAAAGACAAUAAAUGUAUUAAAUUCAUUUUAGACACGACAAAUGCUUUUGAGAGCCUUAAAGAUCCAGAUCAUGAGACAAGCUUACAUGAAUUACAUCCUGAAACUGACCAUAUCAUUCAAUCACUUGAUCACUUCUUGCACUUGACAAAGCAGGCUGAUACAUGCUUAGAAAUAGCCAAAAAUGAUGGACUUGAGAUUCUACUUGAUAUUUAUAAGAACUUUAAGGAUAAUAUUGACAUUAAAAUGAUUUUAUCGAAGAUUGUAACGAAUAUGUCAACAGGAAGUGAAGGGAUACUUGACUAUUUUUUCAAGAGCGGUUGGAUAUAUAUGCUAUCAAAUUGGAAGCAUGAUGAAGAUUUACGCGUUCAAGUAUUUGCGUCCACAUCAUUAAACAAUCUAGAUAAAUUUGAUCCAAUUAAGUUUAAGUAUAGACCAAAGCUUUAUCCACUGUAUCCUCGAGAAAAAAUGUUUAAGAAACCGGAUCUCGAUUUAGUUUUUGUGCAUGGUUUACUCGGUGGAAUUUGGAUUACAUGGCGUGUACAAAAAGAUGCUGACAUGAUGAAAAUCGGCAAUGGAACUGACAAGGAUCAACAGAAUUUGUAUGAUGUCCGAAAUUCAAUUUUUCAAGAGGAGGCAAUCUUUAGAAACGAAAAGAUUGUUCAAAUGGAACCGAGCACUACCAGUAAAUUAUUGACAAUCACUGAGCAGACAACCAAAAAUGUUCUAUUUGCUCUUAAUGAUAUGGCAGAAGAGAAGCUUUCACUCGAAGAUUUAAACUUUACCAAGAAAAUUCUGAAGCACGUUGUAAAGAAAAUCAACGAACAGAAAUACAGCUAUUGUUGGCCGAUUGACUGGCUUCCACAACAAUUUCCCAACAUUAGAAUAUUAGGUCUGCAGUUUGAGUCAUCUUUGAGUUACUGGACAUCGAAAGUAUGUUCAUGUGAAAAAAAUAAACGAAGAUUGCGAAAUAUAUCAAUGGACUACCUUGAAAGGCUCAAGGAUGCAGGAAUCGGACAACGAGAAAUUGUUUGGGUGUGUCAUUCAAUGGGAGGGCUUAUAGUCAAAUAUAUAAUUAAUUUAGCUUUAUCAAGUGACGAUCCAGAAAUUAGAAAAAUUGGUGAAAAUUCUCGUGGGAUCUUCUUCCUAGGUUGCCCACAUCGAGGAUCAAAAAUAUCAAAAUUGAGUAAUCAAACUUCUGCAAUUUUAUGGCCAACUGUUGAGGUUCAGGAUCUUGAAGAGAACUCAAAGGAACUGCUGAAACUCAACGAACAAUUCUUGGAUAAUGUUAUGAAAAUGAAAAAUCCAACGGAAAUUGUUUCAAUCGCCGAAGGCACAACGACAAAAAUAUUCCAGAAUAUUAAGCUACACGUAGUUCCAAUAUCAAGUGCAUAUCUAGGAUAUGGAGACUUCUACAUUUCACAUGAAAAUCACCUCAACCUGUCGAAACCUAUUUCACAAAAUUCUUUCAUUUACACUGCUCUUGUGAGCAUGCUUGAGAAAAUCCUCAAACAAACCAAAGAAAUAUGA